CAAGUCGGAGGAGAGGUGUCUCGAUAACUUCAGCACUACCGCUCUCAGGCAUGAUCAUUCUCCCCUCAUCCUGCAUGUUGCCGGUCUUCGGAGGCACCAUAUCUCCCCGUCCCUCCGCGUGGGACGAAUUCUUCCUUGACAGAAUUCCAUGGGAUUUCUCUUUCGCAGAAGCUCGACGAGAGAGUAUCCUCGGUGUAUUGAUGAGACUACCGGAUCUUGAUGCAGAGGUAGAAGAGGAGGCUGAAGCGGAGGUUGACGUUGAUGUCGAGGGUAAUCCGCCCAUUGGUAUCCUGGGAGAAGGGACAAGACCUGGGCGUUGAGAGUCAUGAGAGGGCUGCCGGUGCAGAGCAGAAGGGCCAUCGCUUGAAUUAGGAGGUAGAAGAAGAUGAGAGUCGGGUAGAUUGAAAGAAGGAGUGAGGAAGGGUGAACGGGGUGGAGGAGAUGAUUUCGUUUCAGGCAUCUGCAGGCUCAUGGCUGGUAUUUAUCGAGCAGAGAUGGAUAGCUUGCUAUGACGACAGUCAAUGUCCGAUCGUCACGGAGCGUCGUUGACAGGCUGAUUCUUGGAAUGACACAGCGAUGGUAGGAAUGCCCGCGCGGCUUGUAACACUCGUCCGAGAACUUGAGAGAAGCAAGGUGGUGAAUGGUGAGGUAUGUCGAGAUGAGGACAAAAGGUAGGAGAGAAGGGCGGGCGACUUUAUCUCGAUACCGACUGUCAAUGGUUCGGGUGAAAUGCGUCGACUUGCUGGACAAUUCAGAAGGGCGGUGGGAGAACG